UUGUCGCUUUCAUUUUCUUGUAUUUCUUUGAAUAAUCAUUUGAAGAUUAUUCAUUAUGGCUCGUUGUCCAGAAUUACCAUUUUUACCAGGAUUUACAUUUAAUCCAUUGAUUGGUCGAACGAAAUUUAAUAGAGAUAACCAAUUUGAAAAUUACGGUGGAAUCCCCAUGUUGAUAGAAAAAGUUAAACCGAAUAUGUUCGGUCCGUUUACUGAUAGGUAUCCUUCGGCUUAUGCUAGAGGAGAAGUUGUUGAUUUACCUGGAUGGAUCGCUUUUGAUAAACAAAUUUUAGUGUUUGAUGCCUUUUUUAGGCAAACUUUACAAGAAGUUGCUUUGGCACCGUUUCAAGUGCGCAGAGUUAAAAUUUAUUUCUUUUUGGAAGAUGGAACCAUUCAAGUUAUUGAACCAAAAGUUGAUAAUAGCGGAUCGGCACAAGGUACUUUAAUUAGUCGGCAACGGAUAAGGUUUCCUGCACCGAUGGACGAAAAUUUCUACGAUAUUCUCGACUUUAACGUUGGGAGAGAAGUCGAACUUUACGGAAAGGUGUUUAAAGUAACGGAUUGCGAUCGAUUCACUCGAAACUUUUUGAAUCGUAUUGGAAUAAGCGUACCAGAUCCGAUCCCUCCGCCACCGGAUCCUUAUUUAACACACCGCGAAAAAACAAAAAUUACUAAUUUAACUAAAAAACCUAAUAUUCACGUUGACACACUCGGACAAUUUUUAGCAAACGACGGGAAAGUUUUGCGAUUUUAUGGUUAUUGGGAUGAUCGCGAGUCAGAAAACGGAAUACUUCACGAUUUAGAAAUUCAUUAUUAUUUAGCUGAUGAUACGAUGGAAAUUAAAGAAAUUAUUCCACCAAAUUCCGGUAGAGAUACCGGUUUUAUGUUUAUGAAAAGGGCAAAAUUGCCAAAAGUUUUUAAAGGCCUCCCGGGACCUGGUGUCGAUUCUAAUUUUACUGUUUUAAACGUACUCGGACCUGGAUUAGGUGGUCGAUUUAUUACGGAUGCUUUAAAUUGUGGAAAAGAAGUGGUUCAUUAUUAUAAAGAAAAUGAAUUAACAAUUGGUGGGAUUAUUAAUUGUUACGGAAGAAGGAUUUUAUUAACCGAUUGUGAUCCUUACACGAAAGCGUAUUACCGUAAAAAAUAUGGUGUCGAUAUUUUCGAACCGAAACCUUACCCAGAAGAUUACAUCAAAGCGCAAUGUCAUAAAACCAUUGAAAGAGAACUCCCACCUUGGAACGGAUACGGAUCUUACGAAGAUUCCGCCGUAAAUUGUAAAAGUGUAGAGUUAAAAGCACCUCAUAGAGAUUUUCAAAAGUUUUUAAAAUAUGAUAAAGUUGGUUUAGAUAGUCACAUAUUACGUUUUGAUGCAAGAUUAGUAUCAAAAAGUAAAAUAAAUUGUUCAAGAUUAUUCACAAUAAGUUAUUAUUUAUCCGAUGAUACAAUCGGAGUUUACGAAACUGCCAGAGACAACUCCGGAUUUAAAUCGAGUCAAUUUUUUAAAAGACUUCCGGUACAACUCCCUGGUCAGGCGAUAUUCACAUCGAAACCACCAAAAAAUUACACCGCCCAACACAUGUACGUUGGUGCACAAUUGAUCAUAAACAGUUUUCAAUUUGUUUUAAUCGAUGCCGACGAAUACGCAUUAAGAUUUAUGGAAAUUAACGCGCACGAAUUCCCAAGAUCAAAUAUAAAAUUAAUAAUGGAUAAAGUUCGUGAAAAAUUACGACCGAUUUAUAAAGAUUUUGUUGCUGAAAAUAUGCCAACGGAAUCACCUACUAUUACCUAUGAAAAAUUAAGAUCGAAAUUGUGUCCUAUUAUGGGAGAAAAUUUUGUUGAACAAGAAAUGAUUACGAUUGCAAGAGCUUUCUCAGCUAGUUGUAAAGAUCCAAAAUAUGAUAGAAAUGCCGUCAGAGCGAUUGUAUUAACUAAUUUAAAACGAGCUUUAUGGGACGAUUUAGAAAGAACCAGGGAAUACUUUUUGGUUAAAGAUGGAAUUAAAAGUGGAGUUUUAUCUCGACACGAUUGUUAUACUUUAUUGAGAGCAUGUCGAAUACCUUUAGAUACUUCGGUUCUUGAAAAAAUUCUCGAUGUGGCUGAAAAAGACCAAAAUUGUAAUAUUAUUUAUAACGAUGUUUUGAAUUUCUUGGAUAGAAAUAGAUGCCCAAUGGCCGAUAUAAUUCCGAUAAAUGUAAAGAAAGAAUUAUGGUGGGCUUCAGAAAGGGAACCUUAUCACGGUCAAUUAAUUAAUUGGUGUGCGUUUAACGAUUAUUUGGAUUUACAAAGUUUAAUUAAAGAAGCCAGUGGACCUUUUUUGAAUAAACCGAAAGAGGAUGAAUAAAAAAUAUCGUAAAUAAUUAUCGCAUUUAAUUAAAUUUCUUGUAAAAUGAAUUUGCUAAUAAAACUAUUCAAAUAUA